CUUGUUUGAGCAUGCGUGUGUUUAUAUUUAUAGAAUGGCGACUCAAUUAUUCGACUCGGAUAGCGAAGAUGAAUUACCUCCUGGAUGGGAAGAAAGGGUGACGACCGAUGGAAAAGUAUAUUAUGCUAACCAUGAGAAACAGAACACACAGUGGAAACACCCUGUCACUGGGAAGAAGAAAGUUGUUAAAGGAGAUCUGCCCUUUGGUUGGGAGCGCAACAUAACAGACGACGGAACAGUUUUUUAUGUAGACCACAUUAAUCAAAAGACAACCUACACAGAUCCAAGGCUAGCCUUUGCUGAAGAGGUCAAGGACACUCCGCUGGACUUCAGACAGAAAUUUGAUGGCAGUAGCACAGCCCUGCAGAUUCUCCAUGGGCGGGACAUGACAGGAAAAUAUGUCCUCAUCACAGGGGCCAACAGUGGGAUAGGUUUUGAGACAGCCAGAUCCCUGGCUCUACAUGGGGCUACUGUUGUGAUGGCCUGCAGGAACACCCAGUCAGCCCACGAUGGCCGCGCUAAGAUAAUUCAGGAAAUGCCCAGCGCCAAGGUUGAAGUCAUGCAUGUGGACCUGGCGUCCCUCAAAAGUGUGAAGCAUUUGGCAGAAAGUUAUGAGGAGAAAGGAUGGCCUCUCCACAUCCUGAUUCUCAAUGCUGCCGUCUUUGCCCUGGGGUUCUCAAUGACAGAGGACAACCUAGAGACCACAUUCCAAGUGAACCACUUAUCUCAUUUCUACCUCACCAAGCUUUUAGUCAACACCAUGAUGAGGUCGGCUCCUGCUAGGAUUAUCAUUGUGUCCAGUGAGUCCCACAGAUUUAGUGACCUGAAGGAAACAAAUGUUACCCCGGAGAAGUUGUCCCCCAAAGGCAACAGCUACUGGCACAUGUCAGCCUACAACAACUCCAAGCUGUGCAACAUCUUGUUCACCAGCGAGCUCAACUACAGACUGUCUCCCCACGGUAUAGUGGCCAACGCCGUACACCCUGGCAACAUGAUGAGCUCCGGACUCGCACGACACUGGUGGUUCUACAGGCUCAUCUACGCUCUUGUUAGGCCCUUCACUAAAUCCAUGCAACAAGGGGCAGCUACUACGGUGUAUUGUGCUGUUGCUGACGAGCUCUCCAACGUUGGAGGUUUAUAUUUCAACAACUGUUGCUGCUGCCAGCCAUCCAAGCAGUCAGAGAACAAAGCCCUGGCUGUGGCCCUGUGGACAGCUAGUGAACAAAUACUCAACAAGAGGUUAAAAACGGUCAAUAGUUAACUCUUAACAACUAGAAAUGUUAUAAAAUUUUAGGAUUUAAAAAAAAAAAUUUAGGAUUUUUUUUUUUGUUGUUGUACAAGUUCAAGGGUUGUGUUCAGCUGUGUCUUUCAGCACUGGGAUCCAACUUUCAUUAUAAUUAACAUUCCUUUAGAUCCCUUGUGGUAGUGCUCAGAUACUGGUUCCCAUUGAGAGAUUUGUAUUUUUCUCUGGAACUGUGGGAACUCACCCAACCUGAUCUGUUCAUGUUCAGACACACACAACUGCCUGAUUAGUUAUGAGCAUAAUUCAAAAGGACCUUCUGAUGAACAUAAUUUAGAAUACAUUCACUUACAUUCUUUUAGGCUUGCUUAAGUAUAGUGGGGUGCAGUCUUCCUUGUCUGCGUAAGCGUAUUAGGGGUGUAAUUCUGGUCUAUGUAAGUGUAAUAGGGGUGUAAUCUUUCUGGUCUAUGUAAGUGUAAUAGGGGUGUAAUCUUUCUGGUCUAUGAAAGUGUAUUGGGAGUGCAAUCCUUUCUAUUUAAACAUGUUAGGUCACAU